CGUAUUCGCGUGACAAACCAGGACCUGCCGAAAGGAACUAGGAUGACGUUCAAUAAGGUGUUUGUCCCUAAACUCAUCGAAAUCAUCGCGCGUCUCUCGAAUCCCUGGGAGUUGCAAGUCAUCGAUCUCGCCGCCGAACUGGAACGACUGUGGGAUGAAGUGUUCCCCGAUGUUGACCUCGGGUAUGAAGUUGAGCAGCGAUGUGACCUGUAUAUUUUGUCUAUGCAACGCAUCUACAACUGGCGCUCCAGCUUUGGGACCAAUGCGAUCGCCGCCGUCAAAAGGUUUUGGCAGAACCAGGAUAUCGAGGACCCGCUUGAUCGUGCAGAGUGCGCGAAGGUCGCGCUUGGAAAAGGAGUGCCAUAUCUGUUCGGACAUGUUGACUUCUUGCCGGAUGGGGUCACCGUA